GUAUAUGAAGUUUAAUCCUGCACAAACAUUAACCAUGCAAGGAAAACCCACUAAAAAUAAAGAUGCUUGCCAGGAAUGCAACAGAGCUACAGCUGCAGUAAUGUGUAAAAAAUGCACAUCACAUCUAUGCCAUCAGUGCUUUAAGAAGAUCCAUAAUCACAGAACAAUGAGACUACAUGAACCAAAGCCAAUAAAUUCUGUUGAAGGGUUUUCCCAGCUCCCAAAGUGCCUGGAGCACCCUGAUGUAACAGUCACCCAUUUGUGCAGAACAUGUUCAGUAAAGGACAAGGAGACGUUGUUUUGUACCAGAUGCUGGUUACUAGGUGUACACCAGCAACACGAGAUCAUUGAGAUUACAAGGCUUACAGCUCACUAUUUACCAGAAAUUGAAAAAAUAAUGCAGGACCUGGUUGAAGUAAUAGAUGUCUUAGACAGCAGCAAAAGGGUAAGCACAUAGUUAUGUCUUAGUUAUUUAUAUGAACAGUGAGG